UUGACUGAUGUAGACUCCUAACCAUCACCGUGAUCUUCAGCCUCCUUUUAAAACAAAAACUCCACCCAAUUCUCCCCAAAUUCCUCUCUCCUCGCCGUCGUCGCCGCCGCCUCCGCCGCAAAUCACCACUCCAACCACCACAAUGGAUUCAGCAAUUUCAAGACUCUCUAAUAUUGCAGGACACCUAAAUCCUCAACCUUGUUUUUCAACCUCUCAUCUUCCCAAGGGUGGGAAUAGGGGGAUGAUCAAAAUAAGCACUGAAGUCUCUAAUGCUCUAUCUCGUGGAGCAGCAGUUGUUGCUUUGGAAUCCACUAUUAUUUGUCAUGGAAUGCCCUACCCUCAAAAUUUUCAAACUGCGAAGGAGAUAGAGGCAAUUGUGAGAGACAGUGGAGCUAUUCCUGCAACCAUUGCUAUUCUGGACGGAAUUCCGCACAUAGGUCUUAAAAUUGAAGAGUUGGAGAGGCUUGCCAGAACAGGAGCUCAAGUUCGAAAGACUGCUCGUCGUGACAUUGCUUCUGUUGUCGCUUCAGGAGGAGAUGGUGCUACAACCGUUUCAGCAACAAUGUUUUUUGCCUCAAUGGUUGGCAUUUCAGUCUUUGUGACUGGAGGAAUUGGGGGAGUACACAGGCACGGAGAGCAAACCAUGGAUGUAUCUUCUGAUCUUACUGAGCUGGGGAGGACGCCGGUAGCAGUGGUUUGUGCUGGUGCUAAAUCAAUACUUGACAUACCUAGAACCCUCGAGUAUUUGGAAACUCAAGGAGUGUGUGUUGCCGGAUAUAAGACCAACGAAUUUCCUGCCUUUUUUACUGAAACGAGUGGCUGCAAGGUUUCGUGUCGCAUAGACUCCCCAGAAGAUGCUGCUCGGUUAAUAGAAGCAAACACAAAACUCAAUCUCGGAACUGGGGUGCUAAUUGCAGUUCCCAUUCCCAAAGAAUACUCUGCUUCUGGAAGCUUUGUUGAAUCUGCAAUACAGAAAGCCUUGACGGAAGCAAAGGAGCAAAAUAUAAAGGGAAGUGCUGAAACUCCUUUCUUGCUUUCAAGAGUGAAUGAAUUAACUGGAGGAGCUUCAUUGGCUUCUAAUAUCGCUCUUGUGAAGAAUAACGCUACCACUGGUUCUAAGAUUGCUGUUUGUCUUGCCCAAUUGAGAGGAUAUGAUGAUCAAGUCAAAUCUUGAUGGUUAUCCAUGCAGUAGGAGCUACGUAUACAAGCUAAUAUAUGAUAGGUUAGGUUAUUUUUGUUUCAUAAGACUCAAAAUGGAAGUUGAUGGUAAAAUUAUCUGGUUUUCGCAAUAAUCGUUGCAAUAUUCGAUGAAUCUUUCUGGGAAAACUUUACUGUAUUUAUCUGAUAAAUGUUAUUCCUGAAUUACAGUACAGUAUGUUUUAGUGUACUUUAAAAUUGAGUAUAAUAAUAAGAACAGAAAUUGCAGUUUUGAAA